AUCCUGGGUAAUGCAAACACAGCGUUACAUGUUGCUAGGAAACACCCGUAAGUACUCCAUCCACCAAACGCAAGUCGCUCUGACAACUGAACAGAUACCUUCCUCUCGUGAAAGAUGUCCUGUGCAGCGCUGCUAGAUGGCAAUAGUAAGCCCAAGUCAAUGAGCCGGGCCAGACAGUGGACCGACGAGGUAGAGAAUCUGUACAGAUUCCAACAGGCAGGGUACCGAGAUGAGAAGGAAUACCGCCAGGUCAAGCAGGUGGAACUGGUGGACCGAUGGCCCGAGACCGGCUUUGUGAAGAAGCUACAGCGGAGAGACAACACCUUCUACUACUACAACAGGAAGAGAGAGUGCGAGGACAAAGAGGUGUUCAAAGUCAAAGUUUACGCUUACUGAGCAAUGGACCGUCCCACCACAGCCAUGGACACACUUGGGUCUUCCAUUACACUUUGUUUUGUUUUGUUUUGUUUAUUUGUUUAUACUGCCCCAUUGAUCUUCAAAAGCCACACUACUUAUGGUCCUGUAAAUAAAUUUGUCACAUUUCAGUGGAUUAAGAUCUUAUCUGAGUUUGAACAUCACAGCCGGCCUGUGAACAUGGGUUUACAGUAGCCUUCACCUGCCAAAGGAGGUUGAGAGAUUAAUUAAAUCAGACAACUGGUAUGGUUGCAACAUACAUGCUGAAAUUGUAAGCCAUUUGUGCAUGUACUUGCCAGGAUGUGUUUUUACAAAGAUUAAUUAAACGCAUGUAAGAAAUUCA